GAUAUUAACAUCCUGGACAUUCUUGGGAGAAUUGAAUGGUUUAUUGUUGGAAUCUUGAAGGUCAGACGCUCUCCACGGCUCCUGCCGACCAGGUAUGUCACAAAGUCAUUCAUUAUUCAUUAGCCAUGAAUUCAUAUCAUAGACAUCCCUCGUUCAAGUUGCUUACAGCGCGUCAAGGUGAAAGGCGACCAAUCGGAAUGCACGUAUUUUUUUUAUGAAUCAAGUGGGAGGAGUCAAACGGGUGACGCGCUGAUGAAAUCAGUCAGCCUGUCUGCUCCAGUUCAGCUGGGAAAACAGACCAACUGGAGAGCAAGAAGAAGGAAUUAUUUGGCACAAUUGGAGGCCGUGUGUCUGGCAAUAAGCAGUGCAGACGCGUUCCUGUAGUGCAGCACACGAUCUGCACACCACUCUUUGGACGAGCUACGCGUCUGUGAACUGCACGACAAACUGAAGAAACAUUUUUGGAGAUGAGCCAACGGUUGUCGCCAAAAAUAUGAAUCAUCUACACCUUGGAAUAAGAGGGUGACCCACCUCCUGAGGUUAGUGUAAAUUAUCCCAGCCGCAACGUGUGUUGUCAUCACAGAAUUGCCGCAGUGUACUAGUGAUGAGCUGAGUGAUUGCUUUGAGGAAACUGUAACCGCAGCAUGAUGGUUAACAUGAAUGUUGUAUGUGUGGCUUUCGUCACAUCGGUGGUGGUUUUGUGCUGCCACGGGGAACCUUUGCAGUUGGCUGUCGAGAAGUGGCACAACUUUCAACUACCCAAAGAUGCAGGCUUCCCAGCUGUAAUCGAGAACACGCUAUUGGAGGAGGACAACGAGGAAUCGACAGAGGCAGAAGAUGAAGGAGAAAAUGAUGAGAUAAGUUUAUACUGCGGAGAGGAGUGUGAGGAAUCGGAGGCGUCGAGGAACUACACCGUUCAAGAUGCCGAGGACACCCUAGCGUUUGAGACCGUCUACCCGAACGGCACCAGGACGUUGACGAGACUACGGGUCCAGGAACAAUUGGUUGAGUACAUCAAUGAAUGGCGGCGCGGUGCUGGAAGGCAGGGGGAUGGGAAGGUUCGGAGGAGACGAGCUGUCUUUGAUUUCGACACGAGGUUCGAGGUGAAUAUCGCCAAGUACCUCACCACGUACCCCUUCUCUGCUGCUGUCAAGUUGUCCACCGGGUGUACUGGGGUACUGAUCUCGCCUCAGCACGUUAUGACCGCUGCUCACUGUCUGCACAACGGGAAGCGAUACAUCGUGAAAGUCAAGGAUCUCAAGGCUGGGUUUAGACGGGAACGGAAGACGAUACCACAGGCGGAGGAUCCUCGUGAGGCUUACGAGCGUUCCUUCAUCUGGAUCCGAGCGGAUAAGGUAUACCUCCCGUACGACUGGACCAACAACAAGAAGAACAACCUGCUGCCUCUGGACAAAGAUUACGCUGUCAUCAUGCUAAAGAGAAGCCCGGAGCGGGAACAUCUUGAAGUCGGAAUGGGAGACACGGGCAACGUACCCGUCGGUACCAUGGUCCAUUUCUCCUCCUUCGACAUCGCCGAUCAGCCCAAGUUGUUUUACCGAUUCUGCACCGUGACGGAUGGCACCCAGGAGCUGUUUUACCAACAGUGCGACGGGGAGCCGCCUAGCAUCGGGGCAGGGGUGUACGUCCGUCAGUGGGACCCCGAGGGUGGGGGAUGGUCGAGGAAAGUCAUCGGUCUGUUCGGAGGUUUGACGUCCUUCGUGAACACCCUCGGUCUAAAAGAGGAACAGAACUUUGCCAUGCGUAUCACGCCACUAAAAUUCGCCCAGAUUUGUUUCUGGGUUACGGGGGAAUAUGGCGAUUGCAAAGGAUGAUGAUCAUUUAUGGUAGCGUUUCGUUUGAAAAGAAAUGAUAUUGUUGAUAACCAUUCAAAUGUAUGUUAGAAUUUACAGUGUACAGAAAUAUGAAGAUCCAUAUUAUUCACUUUUGUCUACGAACAAUUAAGUGUUUAGAGUACAGAGACAAAGUAGCGGUGUUUUGAGAAUUGCUAUCCUCGUUGAAGUCGUGCUGUUAUCUUGUUAAUGUUUCCAGUUCUAUGGAAAUGUCGACCAAGCUUGAUCGAGGUUUUCCUGGCUUAAUUCUUUUCUUCAAAACACCGGGCUUAGUUGUUGGAAUGUUGUAAUUAAGUAGAAUUUCGCAACAGAUGGAGCGAAACAAGAGUGCUGAAAAGGGGCGGAGACUUUGAACACGUCACGCAUAACUAAAAAAAAAGACUCAGUUUUACUUCAGAAAGGCUUUACAAAUGAUCAAUUCACAGUCCAUCCGUUUGAUUUAGUUACCAUUCCUGUAAAAUCCCAAGUUCCACCUCAUCAUCAAGUAUCCAGCGAUGCUUCAUCUUGUUUUAAUCUUAAAGAAAGGUCUCUUGGGAGGAAGUUACUCAUUAUUUUUCGUCACUCAGCAUUUUGAAGAGUUUAUCUUGCGAGCAAUUUUCAACACAACAUGUGUUGCUCCGUUCGUUCACCUUUGAUAAAAUAAGCACUCAAUUUUGUUUGGUUUUGCUAGCCAUGUUAUUGUAGUUCAAUUCCCGGAGUCGAAAUGUUUCUUUAAGCUUUCUUUUUAAUGUUGUCCUUUGGGGUCUGAUGAAUGAUCGCUGGUAGCCAGUCACAUAAUGCAAAUAGAGUAUUGUUUGGAUGCCUUCAGUUUUAAAAUAGAAAUGCUUAAAUUUUGAACCGAGUGCACUCUGAAUAGUCUGAAUACACUGUAGUUAAAUUUGACUAGUAAACAGUCCAACCUGCACCCAGCUGACCCUUGCUGCAGUCAGCUGGGUGCAAGAUGGACUGUUUUCUAGUCAAAUCUAACUAGGUGUAGAUGUAUUUUAGACAGUUUUAUUUUAGGUUGUUCAUCUGCCCUGCUGCUACUGAUGUUCGACUGUGGGACAGUUAUUUACGACACCCAUAAAACUUCGUCCCCUGGCUUGUCCAGCCACGUAGUCUAGUAGCGCAAAAACUUGAACCAUCCAAGGUUACUCUGGGUUUCCAAACUUGGUUGACGACACAAUUUCCUCUUUAUAUGUGUAGCCGCCUUGUGCUGUAAUAAGAAUUCCAAACUCGAUGUUGUGGAAUGUGCGUUGUUUUACGAGGGGAGUCUCAAUUUAUAUGGGCCUUGAAUUGAGACCACAGGUGUAUACAUAUACAUGUAGUGGUACAAUUAAAUAAUGCUAAAUGUGAUUUAAAAAAUUACUUUACAUUACCAAAUCAUGCACUUUUAGGAAUUUAGAUUUGUUGUCAGGUUACUAUUAGUAAUUAGUAAUUUUUCGACCUUUUGGCAAAAUAAUAUGGUAUUACUAGGAAGCACAAUGAUUCGGAAUUGUAUAAGCUAUCGGCAGGAAUUUUUCGCAUUUUAUUUUAAUGUCACAAAAUAAUUGACGUCUUACCAAAAACAUACUCCAGCCUGCCCCUGUUUGAAACUCUUUUCUUUGAAUCAUUUUCGAAUUAGCUGCUUCGUCAUUUCUCACCGCUUGCCCUAGAAAUUUACUUUGACUCCAAUGCCCCGAGGUCCAAAUCUCACUUUGUAGAAACCCAAGGCUUUUAUUUUGACACACAACAGACCUGGAAAACGUCGGAAAUGACCUCUAAUGACUGUUAUCGUCAGAGGAGUUGCGAACGGAUGUACGCGUGACAGAAAAAGGGACUGAUCCGAAACCAGAUCUUUUCUCUGGACAAUAAAUCCAUUUUCUUACUUGGGAAGAAAGCCAAGAAAAGAUUUAAUUUACGAUUUCUAGUCACGAAGAAAAGGGGCUUGCAUUGGCGUCGCCAGGAUUUUUUCGCAUCCCCCCGAAAGCCCAGCACUUUUCCAGCAUAUUCUCG